CAGCGAUCUCCAACUCUUGUCGCUCGUGUUGUCCCACCAACCUCGCUCAAUCCCAGUGCUUCGACAUGGGCCGCCUCCGCCGCUCCCGUACCCACCACGCACGCCGCGACGUGCACCGCGCCGCACGCACGCGCGACCGCACAAAGGACCUCGACCAGGUGCAGGACGACCUGCUGUACCACAAGAAGAAGCUGCAGGUGCAGCCUAUCGACGAGGAGAAGCCGGGUCUGGGGCAAUACUACUGCAUCGAAUGCGCAAAGUACUACGAAUCCGAGCGCGCCCUCGCCACGCACACCAAGAGCAAGGUGCACAAGCGCCGCCUCAAGGAGCUCAAGGAGGGCGCGUAUACGUCGCAGGAGGCCGAGCGCGUGUCGGGCAAGACGGCGCCGGAUAACCGCCAGCGCGGGGUCGAGGAGGUUGUCAGCAGGUUUGGGGGCAGCGUCGACGUGAGCGGCGUCAAGGUCGUCCAGGCGCCCGUUAAUGGCGUCGAGGUCGACCGCGCGCCGCUCGACCUCUGAGCGGCGGCGUCGCCUGUCGCAUGCCUGCAUGCUGGCUUGACUACAAGCAAGAUGACGGCCGAUAGCACCGCACCCACACACCACACACAACGCAACACACAACACAACACAAAACGGCACCGCUACGCUACACCGCACCGCACCCUGCCUCGCCGACCACUCCGUCUCACACGACCGACACUCGCACCUAGGCUGCCCUCAGCCCCCCCGCCUCUUCAUGUAACACACUAUGUAACUGGGUUUGAUAGAGC